AUGCGUGUUGUACGCGUAUCACUGGGGUACUCGCCGCCGACCAGGCAGGUGGCGCCACGUCCCAAUGGGCUGCUUUUCGACUGCCUCAUCCACAUCGACCUCGUCGAGGACUGGCGCGUGCCCGACCGCCGCACCCCAUCUUCUGGCCAAAGCGGCCUCCCCUCCUCCAGCUCUGAAGACGAGCCACCAUACCCCGCCAUUCAGCCAUACACGUGGGUCAUGACCGUGCCCGACGACGGUGGGGCGCGGCGCGGUCCCAUUCUGGGCGGCUGCUCGGGCGGUCCGGGCCCCUCUCGCCGGUGCGACCACGACGAUGAGGGUGACUCCUUCGACCGACAUCGCCUCUUCCGACAGCUCCCCGUCGCCCAGCGACACCCGGCCUCCCGCGGCACCACCCCCACCUCCGGCCUCCGUGGCGAUCAUCAGCGCAGCCGCUCCCCCAGAGGUGGCGGACACAGGCGCAGGGCCUCCGUCAACCCGCCGCUCGCCCACGAGGAGCUCCCACCUCCACCACCUCUGCCUACCGACGGCUCCGUCCCACAGCUGGCGUUCCCGCCGGGUGCCGCCGCUCCGAUCGUCAUCAGCAGCACCACCAUCAAUGCCGCGCCUGCCUCGCCACCUCGCCGUGAUCACAGCCCCGUGUCCUCGGACUCGUCUGACCCCCUCGCUGAUUUCAUGUGUGUUGACCAGCUCGACAUCGGCGGCUGGGCCCCGCACCGCCUGGACCCCAUGUGCAUGGAGAUUGAAGCGCUGUGCAUCGCCUCCAUGCAGCAGCCCAUGCUCUUCUCUCCCGGACCGAUCAACCUCGUCCCCGAGAGCUGCCCUCUGCUGCUGGACGCUCCACCGACUCCUGUGCCUGAUGAGCUACCUCCUUCCGUUGAGGGAGCUCAGGCGCAUGAUCUGCUCCAGGGGCUGUUCUCUGCCCCGCCCGCCUCUGUGCUUGGCACCACGCCGCCGUCGCCCCGCAUCGCGCGGAACGACCCUCCACCGGCUUCCAGGCGUACCACCCGCAGCUCCGUCAAGAUGGCUGGGACUCCGGUGUCCCAGCGUGCGACGCUCCGCCUUGCCAAGGAGCUUGCUGCCAUCGACCCCGCCGAGCAAAGCGCGGACAAGGCGGCGUCUGCGCUUCUAGGAAGAUUCUCCGAGCCCCUCUCCUCCACUGACAUUGAUGGCCUCGCGAUCCUCGCACGCGUCGACAGGGAGGCCAUUGUUCGCGCGGCUUCCAGAGCCGGAUCGGAGGGCGCUGCGGCUGCAGCCCACUAG